AUGGAAAUAGACAUAUACAUGCUGAAUAGCAGUGUUCCACAAAAGCAGACAGACAGCCUUACCAACGGUGACCACAGUGAUGGCAGGUCCUUUGAAUAUUGUGGUGAUAUCAAGGGAGCGAUCUUCAUACACUCCUCGGCCAAGGGCAGCCAGUACACUAACAUGGAUGUCGACUGCGAUGGAGCCAGCGACUCUGCAGGGAAGAGCUCCAAUGAUCCCUCCGGUCAGGGUGUGACCACUUUCCAGGAUGACAUGAAGAAGUUCGGUAUUUCCGACCUCGAUGCCAAUCUUCAUUCCUAUAUUGUAUUUGGAAACGAGGAUCACUCGCCCAAGUUCAAGCCUCAAGAUCAAGGAAUGGAGCCGUUCAGUGUUAUGGCUGUUGAAUGCAAUAGCAAGCUGCUUUGCUUCCGCGAGGAGAAGCCUGAUGGUGAUCAUGGCCACAAUGACAACGAUGUCCUCUAUAUCGGAUACACUGGCAAGGAUGCCGUACCUGGAAAGAAUGCUGACUGGAAGGCCAAGAAGACCGAGGACUUCGAGGACAGCAUCAAGUCGAUCUGCGACAAGCUGGUUGCUGGUCUCAAGGCUUAG